ACCACCAACAUGGACGCGCCACGCCCCCUCGCGCCCGCGGACGUCGCGCCCCUCCUGGCGCUGAACAACGAGCACGCGCAAGCGCUGUCGUGGCAAGAGCCGGGGCAGUUCGACACGCUGCUCGGCACAGCGUUCCACACGCGCACCAUCGGGCCGGAGGGUGCGCCGGCGGCGCUCCUCGUUGCGUUCGACCAGUCGGCAGCAUACGACAACGACAACUUCCGCUGGCUCAAGGCGCGAUUCUCCACGUUCGUGUACAUCGACCGCGUAGUAGUUGCCGCUUCUGCGGCAGGGAAGGGGUAUGCGCGGGCGCUGUAUGAUGAGCUGGGCGAGACGGCGGCCGCGGCGGGACAACAGCGCCUGGUGUGUGAGAUCAACGUCGACCCGCCGAAUCCGGGGAGUGUUGCGUUCCAUUCUAAAAUGGGAUUCCGGGAGGUCGGGAGGGCGAGGUUGGACAACGGCAAGACGGUCGCGUACUUUGAGUGUCCGUUGUAGCGUCCGAGGUGAAGGAUGCAUAUGCCC